GUUCAGGGUAUCCCCUAGUCGGGAGCUCCCUACUAGAACCUCUUACUUGUUUUUCUUAUUAUUGACUCAGUUAAUAAGCUUUUUUAAACGUACGUGUAGGUACGCAUUUGUACAACUGAAAAAUAAUAAUACACAUAUAAAAUAUGAAGCACAUAUCGUGGCUUUUGUUAUUAAUUAAACAAAGCAAUUGAUAGUAACUGACAUUAAAUCGGUAUAAAUGAGCGACUCGGAUGAUGCCAACUUUUAGUUUCCACCUGCAGCAUGUAUAAACUGUCGCUAACAAUCGCACUGUUCGGCAUAUUGUUCUGCCUGGGCACGGCCCAAGCCCGCGAUUGCCCUAGAAAAUGCGAGCUGGCAUUUCGCUGUUCACCCUACUAUAAGGAUUUGGUUUGGAGUAUUGUGGACGGCACCUGCCGUGUCUUUCAAAAUGGUUGCUUAUUCAGCUCGGAAAACUGUAAUCGUGUGAACAGUUGCAAGACAAAGAUGGAACAGACAACACGUGAGAAGUGCAUGAAGUAUUGCAGUGAUAUCUGCCCGUUGGGCGGCAGUGGACUUUGUGCCUCAUUCGCCCAUACUAAUGCAGAUGGCACCACUGGAUGGAAGACCAGAUCUUUCCUCAACCGCUGUCUAUUGAAUCGAUUUGCCUGCCAGCAGGAAAUGGCUUAUAUCGGAGAGCCAAGUGAGGGUGAAUGCCAGGUAUAAAUAUGCUAGUUUAAAUUGGAGCAUCGGAACUAAAAAUGUCAUAUUAAAUACAAAACUGUAUCUCGCAUAUAUUGAAAUGCAUCCAGACUAAACACAGUUGACCCUCACAACUGUUGCCAGUUUUGAGUAUUUUUAUAAAUUGUAUUAAUAUUGACACAAUUUUUGAAAA